AUGUUACUCAGAGAAAGAAAAGAUGGAAAAUUACCAAAAGGAGCUGUACAAAAAGUUGCUGAUUAUUUUUCAAUAUCAACAAGAUCAGUGAGUAGACUAAAUCAGCAUGCAAUAAGUAUAACAACAAAAGGGAGUUUGCCUGAUCUCUCAUGUAAUCUAGUGAAAAAAGUUGGUCGUAAAAGGAUUGAAUUGGAUUUUGAUCGAAUGAAAGAAAUCCCUUUCAGUCGCCGCACCAAUAUUCGAUCGCUUUCAUCUGAGUUGAAGUAUCCAAAAUCAACAGUUCAUCAAAGAAUUAAAGAAGGCUAUAUACGACCACAUUCAAAUUCGUUGAAGCCAUAUUUAUCGGAGGAAAACGUGAAAUCCAGAUUGGAGUUCUGCUUGUCCAUGAUUGAUAAAGAUAGUAUUGAUACAUCACCAAAGUUUAUCAAUAUGUAUGAUCAAAUCCAUAUCGAUGAAAAGUGGUAUUACAUGUCAAAAACGACACAAAAAUAUUACCUACUUCCGGAUGAAAGUGAGCCUUUUCGUACUUGCAAAAGUAAGCGUUUCAUUCCUAAAAUAAUGUUUCUAGCCGCUGUUGCUCGUCCUUAUACGGAUGUCGAUACCGGCGCCACAUUUGAUGAAAAAAUUGGAAUAUGGCCGUUUGUUUGCAAAGAAACAGCAAGAAUAGAAUAG